AUGGCAACUGAGAGAAAUAGUCCUCUUUAUUUAAGAAACGAGCAUACCCAUAUUAUUUCUCCAAUUUUGGAAACGAAAGAUAACAUUCACUUACCAGAAAUCAAGUCUCCAGGCAUUCAGCCUUCAUUUAUCACUCAAAACGACGAGUCCUGACAAAGUGGUAAAAAGGACGCUAUUUCUUUACAAAGGAAAAUUGAUUUUUUUCUAACUGAAAUUGAAGACAGAUUGGAAAGUAUCCGAAAAUCCCCUCACAAGGAUAAUUCAUUAUACAGCAAUCCUUCUCCCACUAAUUUUUCUGAUAUUUCGCUUAGGCACAUUUCAGUUACCCCAACAUUAAAAAAUCCGCCUAUUUCACCUUUAAAAAUCCAAGGAAAAAUAUUGAGGAAAGUAAAAGAAAAAAUUGAAAAGAAAAAAUCAAUUGAAAAUUUAAUGAGAUCUACUAAUGAAUUUACUCAGGAUACUGAAAAAAAUGAAGGAUUAAUAGAAGAUCUCCGAAAAGAAUUACAAAACACUAAAACUCCAUUAAUAGAAAGCUUGUAUAGUGAAAUUCAAAGCAAAGAAAAUGCUUAUGAUGCAUAUCGGAAAUAUGGCCGAUCUAAAAAUGAAUAUGAUGAAGACUCCUCUUUAUCAGUUUUCAGUAAAAAAUGCACUGAAGAGCAAAUCCCUCCACUUCCAGUGCUCGCACAUGCUAAAGAGCAUUCUUUAAUAUUAAAUCGCUAUAAAAUGAAUGACCAGCUCUGCAGAGCUAUAAGUGACUCUAUAAAAACAAUGAAAAAUUUAAUGCAAAUCCAUUUGGAUGAAUGCGGGAUUUCUGAUCAAGGAGGUGCAAAUCUGCUUAAAGGCAUAUCUACAAAUACCAAUAUCCAAUCUCUUUACUAUACCAGAAACGAAAUAGGCUCGAAUUUUGCGAAAGAAUUAAAUAAAAUGAUAGCUUCAGCUCAAAUUACAGAAAUAAAUUUAAAUGCGUGUAGAUUUACACCAAUGAAUGUUGUAGAAGCGCUCAAAGCUUUACCACUCUCAAGAACCUUGAGAAAACUAUAUAUUUCAGAUUUAGGGCUCAAUAAUUUAGCAAUGGACCAAGUCUGCAGAGUUUUAAGAAAAAAUAUUUUGACAGAGCUAGAUUUAUCAUGAAACCAAAUAUCUUCUGAAAGCACUAAAAAAUUUUUAGCUUAUUUAAGAAAAAAUAGAAGCUUAAAAUUUUUAGAUUAUUCAUGAAACAAUUUAAGCUCCCCAGACUCUGAAUUAAGCAUUUAUAUUAGCCAGAUUUUUAGCAGGCAUCCUGGUUUAUUACAUCUUAAUAUUUCUCACACAAAAAUCACAGACACUGAUGCAGGAAUUAUUAUUAACGGCUUAAAACAGUCUAACACCCUGAUUGGACUGCAUCUUACUGGUAAUAAAAUUUCGAGAAAAAUGCUGAAUUCAAUGAUACUUCAUUUAGGGGCACAAGAAACUGUAGGGAUGAAAGCAAAUUCAGCUUUAUCAGUUCCACAUCCUAUGAAAUUUUUAAAAAGAAAUGAUUAUACUGUAGAUCAAAGCACAAAAAUCAAUCUUAGACUGAGAGAUAGAAUGGGGAGAUCAUUAAUUACACACAAAGAUAAUUUGCUAAACAUAGAAAGUCCUACCAAAGAUGCAGAUAAAAGACUAUUCGGACACUCCAAUGAGUUAAUAUUUUCCAGAAUGCUGGGGAAAAGAGAAGUUAAAGGCUCAAGCCAAUGGAUUUUGUCUCCACAUUGCUGGAUAUGUGAAAGAUGGGUCAUUUACGACCUAAAAAUCAGCUUACUCCCCCCCCCCCUCCGUGAGCGAACAAAAAAAAUUUUGUUCACUCACGGAGGGGGGUUAAUUUUUUUUUUUAAAAAAAAUUUAUAUAUAAAAUUUUUAUAAAAAAUAUUUUUUUCGAAAUUUAAAAAAAAUCCUAAUUUGCAAAAAUUGGGAAGCAAAUAUUAAUUUAAUUUGCAAAAUUUAUGUUUUAAAAACGCAAUUUGUUUAAAAUUAAACAGAAUUAGCUCUAGAUUUCAUUAUACUAAUUAUCACUUAUAUAUCAAAAUUUUUUUCCAUUAAAAUUUUUUCUAUUAAAAAAAUUUUUGUUCGCUCACGGAGGGUGGUUUUUGGUCAAAAAAUGGUGAUUUUUCUAAUGGUUUUGUUCGCUCACGGAGGGGGGGGGGGGAGUUAGAAAAGGUUAAAAACGUUGAAAAUAUUAAUAACUUCAAUUGGAAAAAAAUCAGAGAAAUCUGCAAAAUCUGUUUAAAAGCUUCAUUUAACGACUGAAAAGAAAUCCCACUAGAACUUGUAGACGAAACCCUAGGAAAGUAUGAAAUUUCGUUACUUUUGCCACCUGGGAAGCAUUAUUUGUGGUUUAUUUUAGAUGGGAAUGAUGUGUGUGUUACUAAAGAACUAUCUAAAAGAACAUGGGAAGGAGCCAGUGUAAACGAAAUUAAUAUACCUUUAAGGUCAUAUGAGCUUUCUGUUAGUGAAGCAGAAAAUAUACAAGUAGGGAGGGUUUUUGAUAAAAAUAAAUCUGUUUUUAGGAAUUAUAUAGACGAUACUGACCAAACCAGGAAAAUUAUGUUUGAUUAUGAUAGCAAAUAUUAUAAACUCCCAAGGGUUAUUAGAGACACUAAACAGUUAGACGAUGUUUAUAGCGUUCUACUAGCAAAUUUUGGAGAAAUUAAAGAGAUCUUUUUAUAUUUAUCAGCAAGUAGUAACUAUCCUAGUAUUGGCUGGCUUGAUUUCAGCGAUUUUUGUGAUCAAUGUGAUAUGCAUGAUAAAAAGUUUUUAAAUAAAGCGGCCGUUGAUAGAAUUUUUAUAGCUGUAAAUGUAGAGCUUGAAGAAAAAUUGGAUGAUAAUCCUGAUAAAGAGCUAUGUAGAUACGAGUUUUAUGAAAUUAUAGUAAGAUUGGCUCUCUGCAAAUAAAUUUGGCAGGACUAAUUAUGUAUUAUUUUAUUAUUAUUUAUUUUCUAAUUUUUAUAAAAAAUAAAUUCCAGUAUAUUUAUACCAAUACUUAAUUAUAAAUAAUUUUAUACCAAGAUCUUCCUUUAACACCUGCUCAAAUGACUGAGAAAUUACUAAACGACCAUAUAUUUAAAUACGCAAUGACUGCUAAAGCUGCCAAAUUCAGAAAAGAAAAGCUCUACAACCUUGAAGUUAACGACAUCCUUGAGGCCAAUUUAUCAAAUCUCCAGAACAUUUUCACGAAAUAUCGAGAAAGGCUUGGAAGAUGGCUGUCAUUUAAAUCAAUCAGAGCACUUGUGGACAAAGCAAAAAUCAUAAUUAAUGAUGAUGAGCUUAUAAAGGUUUAUGCAUUUUCCAAAAUGAGCAUAUUAAAUGAAAUGGACUCGGAUGGGGCUCACUAUAAAAUGCAGUUUGUGGAGUUUCUUGAUUUUUUGGGGAGGCUGUCAGAUUUGGUGUGCAAUGAGGAUAUACCGAUUUAUAGUAAGCUGGAUUUGAUUUUGGAGAAAAUACUUGUAAGUAAUGGAUUAAGAUAAGAUUAAUUGGCUUAAAGUCUAAAAGAUUUGAUACCUCCCACGCUUUCGACCACCAGAGUUUGCUUGGGAGGAGAACUCGACAGUGGUCUUCUCCUGGGCCCUAGGAUUUGCAUCGAUAUCCCUGAGUUUCAAAGGUUAGAAAAACUCCUCUUUCUCUUCAGGCUUUAUGGGUGCUAUAAGGCAAAGGUCAGCCGAUGCCUCCUGUCGGACGUCUUUAACACCCAGGAAAAAAGAAGCAUCGCCUUCUGGAAAAUCCGUUGCCAGAAAGCCAUCUGGAUGAUUAAUACUCUGGAAUAGCCACCAGCUGCUUCCAAGACCUACACUAUACUGCCGCUCUCGGCAAGCUAAGGAUUAAAAUUAAAGGGCCUGAGCUUUGGUUUAGGCUAAAAAACAAUUUGGCGCCCAAAGUGACGCGUCUUCAUCAAGAGGAUAUUUCGUCGCCACCAUUUUAUUAUUAAUAGAUUAAGGAAAGCGAAAAAGAUACAGGAAAAUGAGUCUGGGUCAGAAAUUGAUGAUGAUUAA